AUGUCUUAAGAAGACAAUAUUGAAAAUAUUAAAUUUUAAGCCAGCGAAACUAGAUCACGAUAAACAGAUUUAACUUACAACAAAUUUUAAUUGAUGGCGAGAAAUAUUCAUUCUAAGAGAUAAAUUUUUGGAUUGAAAUUAAUUAAUAUAUUUGGUAUUGCCUUCUUUAUUUUAAUUAUGGUAUUAUCAAUAGUCAACUAUAGUAUCCUUAAUAAUGCUUAUGUUAGUCAGUAAUAGGAAAUACUCAAUUUAGACUGGCCAUCUUAGGUUCAAAUUUCAUUAUAGUAAGUGGUCUCAGAUUUAUCGUUUUAAUAGUUGACUCAGGAUACUUAUAUACUGAAUAAUUUAUUUUUAAAAAAUGAGAAAAAUAAUUUAACUCCCAGAUUAAAAGCACAGCUGAAGAAUCAAUUAAGUUAACUUAAAGGAUAUGUUGUAAAGCACUUGUUAAUGACUUAUCCAACUUAAUAAGUUUAGGAUGAAUUGCUCAGUAAAAGAAUAUAAUACUAAUUUGAAAGCAAAAUUAAUUAGUUUGUUACAAUAGAUAGUACAUCUGAUUAUAGAUUAGAGCACAUUGUUUAUUUUAUGUUAGAAAGUGUAUUUGCUGUGGCUAACUCAACUUCAUCGUUUAUAGAGACGAAUGAUAGGUUAAUAAAGGAUAAUUUUGAAAAUUUACAAGCUUCAUACUAAAAUGUUUCAAAAGCUAUUGAAGAUGCAAUAAAUUUAAAAUUUUAAGCUUUAAAUAUAUAAGCUAAAAUCACCUUUUAUACAAUACUUGGUGUUGCAAUUACAUUUUUCUUAUUCUUCUAAGCAAUUUAUUAUUAUAUUUAGUAAAAACGAAAUAAAAUCCUUAAGGCUGUAUGCUCAUUUACUUCUAGUUCUUUGAUAUCUAUGAUUGAUUCAAAUAAACAAAAAUAAGUCAAUUUAGAAGAAGUAUUAAAUUACAGUAAGAGAUCAAAUGAAUGUAUUUAAUAUAACAAAUAAUUGGAAGGAGCUUAACACUUUUAAUUACAAAAAGAAAAAUAAUUAUUUGAAAUCAAUGAAAAAAAAAAUGUUACUAGGUCUAAAAAAAUAAUUUAACUCAAAUAGUUAAAUAUUAUUUUAAGUUUCGUUUGCCUUUUGAACCUUUCUGUAAUCCAGCUUUACUCUUUCUCGAAUUUUAUUUUAGUGCAAAGUUUCACUUAGCUACAAGUUUAAGAAAGAUUAUUUUUAAAUACUCUCACUUAUGUCUAAUAAGCUAUGAAUAGAAGUAUAGCCUAUACACCUAUUCUUUUACAUUUGAAAAUAUACUAUCCUUAAGAGUUUGAAUAUUAUUAUUAAAAAUAUAAAACAGAAAUCAAGUAGAAUCUUGCUUUGAAUGAUAAUUUAUUUUAAUUGUAUUCGUAGCAGUAAUAUGUUAAUAGAAAUAAUUAAACUUUUUUUAUGUAUUUCAUGAAUGGGAUGUUUACAGGAGAUGCUUGUAAUAUCACCUAAUAGUAUUCUUAUUAUGUAAAUGGAGGAGGGUAUAAUAUUACUGACUGCUACUUAGUAAAAGAUUCUAUUUUAUCUAAAGGGAUGAUUGCAGCAUUAACUAGUCAGUAUUCGUAUUUAUAGUAAUAGUUUGAAAUCCUUGCUUAAAUGAAUAUCAAAUAAUUUAUAGUGAAUGAAAAAGUGUUAUUAUAAUCUUUUUCAAUUUAUUAAUAAAAUCAAUUCAGAGUUAACUUUCAGUAAAUAUUUUCUGCUAACAAGAGAUGUAUUCGCUAUUAAAUAAUAGGAGAUUAUUAAGGUAUUAUAGAUAGUAACUACUUUUACUUUAUUUUACAGAUGGCUAUAAGCUGCACUAUUUUUAUUUUUGUUUGGAUGUUCUUUUUCUCUUAUUUUAGAAAAUAACAUUUACAAACGAAAUUAUCUUUAGAUGUAUUUGAUUUGCAUUCUUUGGCUAAUAACAGAAAAUUAUAUAGCUAGUUUACUUAAAUUAAAUGA